AUGGAACCACAUAUCUCAGAUUUUGGGAUUGCUAAGCUUGAUCAGGAUUCUACUCAGUCAGCUGCUAUUAUUGGCACCCUUGGUUAUAUUGCACCAGAGGCCACCUACAUGACGAGAACGAGCAAGGAGUCGGAUGUAUACAGUUACGGAGUUGUCUUACUUGAACUCAUAACCAGAAAGAUGGUCAUCGACCCUUCGUUCUAUGAAAAUAUGGGCAUAGUUGGAUGGGUGACUUCCACCUUGGAUAGCACUAGUAAAAUAGAAGUUGUCAUAGAUGAAGACCUCGCGAAUGAAGUCCCAGGGACUUCAGAGAGCAAAGAAGUGAACAAGGUUCUUUCCUUAGCCAUGAGAUGUGUAGCAGCAAGGAAGGCAAGCAUGCAGCCUUCAAUGCAGAAUGCUGUCAAGGAGUUGCAAGAUAUCAAGUCUAGAUUUUCAGCUGGUUCUCAGAGACAGAGGAUAUCUGAACCCACAACUAGUACAUGA